GCAGUGCAUUGAUGUAUUUUUUCAUCCUUUUCAUCACAAAUAAUCGCGAAGGAAAACAAAACUCUCUUGGUUUUUUGCUUGCUCGUUCCUUGAGGAAAAUCGGAAAAAUCGAUCGGCAACUAGCGGAAACGUCAGCGGCUUAUUUGCAGAAGUAGACGUGAAGUAGGAAGCAAGGUGUUCUCGUGUGAAAGGCUAGCUUCCGACGAAGAAGUGUUUAUCGGGAUGAGACCGGAUUUCCGUUAUUGAAGGAGUACUCUGAGGAAAGUCAGAUUAUUUUUAGAGUAUUAGAAUUUUCUCCAGAGAACGUAAUUUUAUUUACAAGUUUGAUCGGAAAAAAAUGUGGUUUAAUGGUACAAAGGAAGAGUAAUCGAUUCACGCAAAAAUUAGUGCAGCAAAUAAGGAUAACUGCAAAAAUGAAUCUUUUUGCAAUUAGGGGAAUUUAUUGUCCCAUAGGAAUCGUAUAAUCAUACUGACUAGGAAUAACAACUACCGAUGACCAUCAUACUGCGGAACGGCUUCAGCGCUCCAACUCAUCAGCAUAAAACAAGAUUUUUUCUUGUAAUGAUGCGUCUCAACCUGAAGUUUCUGCUGAUCUGUCUGUGCUUCGCCGUAGUUCUGAUCACGUUCACCCUGUGGACGAAUUGCGGUGGAGAUUUGCCGUUCGCACGUGGACUGGUGCCCAAAUGGAAUCGCCGUUACGAUAGAACAGACAACCAGCUGGAACUGACGGAGGAGAUCGACUGUGUCGUCAAUCAGGAGUAUACGAUAGGGUGCCGACGAGAAGGAGAUGAGGUGUACCUUCCGUUCUCCUUCCUCAGCAAGUACUUUGAGGUGUACGGUUCGCUCAAUACGGUGGACGGAGCAAAGCGGUUCGAUUGGUCCCACAGCUAUGGAAAGGUUAACAAUCCGAAGGGGACCUAUGAUCCGAAAGGGAUUUUCAUGUACUUCGAAAAUUACAACGUGGAAAUGCGGGACCGGGUUAAAUGUAUUAGCGCUGUGGAGGGGGUUCCGAUUUCUACGCAAUGGGAGAGCCAGGGGUAUUUUUAUGCAACACAGAUCGCCCAAUUCGGGCUCUCACAUUACAGUAAGAAUUUAACAGAACCGGAACCAAGGCGGAAAAUUGUGGAGGACGGUGAUAAGGAGCUGGCAGAUUGGAGAGUCCCGAAAAACAGCUCUCUGAGUAGAGUGUAUGUGAAGGGUAAAGAUACGACGGUGGUGAAUUUCUCAACGGGAAAGCACUUCGACAGCGCGAUAUCACUACCGAUGGAUCACGUGCUGGAUCUGGUGUUGAGUGUAAAUCUGUUGCUCAGGCCGAAUUCAAGUUUCACGGUGACCCUACAAAAUCGUGAAACUCAAAAGCUGUACAAUGUUAUCUACAUUCUAGCGGAUUUGAUGAUCAGCGUCCAGGAUGAUAAUAUUUACUAUGGGCUUGGCUACAACAGUACAUCGAAUUGGAGGAGACUAACGCGGGAUUUGUUUGUAGACCUUCAGAAGGGUUUGCCCCAGUAUAUCACUACAGAAAAACGACGUAAGAUGCGUCGAACUGAACUGAAGGUCGUUGAGGUUUCAUUUCUUGGGAAUGGAAGUUUCGACAAUUUAACUUUGUCGACCAGCGAACAUAUCAGUCAUUUUUACGAUGCGGCCGAGUGGUUGAUCCGGCAUCAAGAUCAAAGCACUGGUGGUUGGCCUAUUCCCGUGCGGAGGAAGCUGGGUUCAGGCUUCGGGGAGCUUUCCCGUGGAUGGUAUUCGGCUAUGUCCCAAGGGCAUGCGAUUUCACUACUCGCUAGAGCGUAUUUUCACUCGAGGGGUGACAAGCGGUAUCUAAAAGCGGCGCUCGAUGGUUUGAAGUUAUUUCGGAUACCAUCCUACCAGGGAGGAGUGUUGGCGACUUUUCUUGGCAAGUACGCUUGGUACGAAGAGUAUCCCACGACUCCGCCUUCGUUUGUACUGAAUGGGUUUAUCUAUUCGUUGUUGGGGUUGUAUGAUCUCAACUCAACGGCACCAGCGAAUCAGUCACACGAAGCUGCCGCUCUGUUAGAGCAGGGAAUGGUCUCGUUGAAAAAAAUGCUGUUACUGUUCGAUACCGGAUCGGGUACCAGCUACGAUCUAAGGCACUUCACAUUGGGUAUUGCCCCUAAUCUGGCCCGGUGGGACUAUCACGCGACCCACGUGAAUCAGCUGCUGCUGCUGGCCACUAUUGAUCCGGAUCCAAUAAUAUCACAAACUGCUGAACGAUGGAAAAACUACAUGCUCGGAAAACGGGCUCAGCACAAUUAGCGCGUUCAAUGUGUAAGUAAGCAGCAAAACAAUUGCUCUUCCUCUUCCUUCUAAUGCCUUACACACACAUACACACAUUAACAAGAAUAAACAAUACCAAUACAGAACAAAAGGACAAAAUUUGAUACAACACAAACUUUAUUUAACAUAUAAAAAAAGUUUCAUUUCUGUGGUAGGAAACUAAAAUCUUUUGAAUGUAAAGACAAAUUUCCAACAACCUUUUUCUUGUCGUGUCCUCGAUAGAAAGUAGUCAAAAUCACAUUUUUUAUCAUCACGAAAAAGGACCACAGGAGAAAUUACUAGAUUUAGUUGAUGGAGUGAGUCGUAGCUUGUAGAAUGGUACAUCUCUGCACAAACGACACACCUACAAUAUAUUAUCGGACAAACAUACUAGCGGAGUAGAUAGCCUACAGACAGGAAUAGAGUAUUAGACUAGAGAAAAAAAACACACUGGAAAUGAUAGUGAUUGUGAUCGUUACUAGAAGAUAUGUAUGCACUUUUUUAAGCGGGGAAUUUGUGUAAAUAUGAACGGUUACUGUUAGGCAGUGGAUUGGAACUAGGUAUAUG